AGAAUUCAGAGCGCAGAAGAGGGUAUAUAGUCGUCGGUGCCCGAACAAUUGUGAAUCGUGAAGCGGGAAGAUCUUUCGACAGAAUUAGGAGAUACCUCUGGACUUUACCUAUAUUCGCGAAAGAUAUUCUCUCCUCGUUCAGGAUAGAAAUGAGAAGCUUCGUUUUACUAUUAUUCUUCGUUCGUCUCGCUUUUACUAUGAUCGCUAGACAUCACAGAGACAGCGGUUUUUUGAAUCACGUACAGUUGGUUCACGAAUUUCGAUGUUCCAUGCCUCAACCAAGAGCUAUACCAGUGUCAAAACUUUUAACCGUUGGUCCUAGCCCUGACGAAACUUUUUAUCCUGCCUCCACCGUUUUGACGCGUUGCGACGGGGCUGGAUGCUGUUCCGAUCCUAAACAAAUUUGUGCGCCUAUCGAGACCAGGAAUGUCAGUCUCGUGUUCAUGGUGAAACAUACGAUCGAUCGACAACGAGACAGACAUCACGAAGUGAUACACGCGUUGGAGCACACGAAAUGCGGAUGCAUCGAUAAGAAAAUAAUCGAUUUCGAUUGAAUCCUGUUAACCGGAUCGUUUGUUAGAAAGUAAACGGAAAGUGGACCGAUGUAAAAUCCGUUAAGAGAGAGAAGACAUUCGCGUGCCGUAGUUACUUAUUAUGGUUUCCCCUUUAAAAAAUUAAAAACCAUACCAAAAUGUUUGUAAUCGAAGAAUUAAAUAACAUUAAGAUUAAUAUUAGUACGGUAAGACGAGUUCCUUACACUUCAGGAUCUGUGACUGUGAUAUUUUAAUCGAUGUAAUAUAAAGUAUUAAAACUCCUUUAAGUAACAUUAAUAAAUUUAUAAUAUAAAA